AUGUGGAAACAACCUCCUCUGGCAGAGAAAAUGGGCCAGAAGGUCUCCCAGUAGGACAACCAGGAGAACAAGGCUGAAAUGCUGGUCAUCUGUGAAGUCUUCAGCCAAGGUGUGUUCUAUGCAUCUCAAAGGCUGAAGGACUAUCUGGGUUUCGUGGAUCCUCAAAGCAAAUUUCAGCCAGCCACGAACACACUGAGCGAGAUCUUCCUGGUCAACUUCAUCGUCUUCUGCGUGGGAAAGGUCAUGGCAGAGCAGAUCAUGACCAGCAAAAUGACCAAGCAGCAGUCCUCCCUGUUGGACUGGAUCUGGACUCUGUGGGGGUCUGACAAACAGAUCAAGAUGCAGAUCGCCAUGCAGGCUUUGCAGCCGGCUGAGCUUUCCAUAGUGACAGCCUUGCAGGAUUGCUGCCGGGAGGCUGGUCUGGUCGAUGAGUGCUUCCAGAACACGAGCAGGUUUGAGAAGCUGGCCAAGUUCUGCCGCCUGGUGGGACAGGACUGCCUGGGCUUGUUCAGCAUGUUUGGCAUGCCAGGGACGCCCAAGGACAUCUGAGGAGUCUUGCUGGACAGAGUUGCCAAGGAGGAGCAAAAAUGCCACCUGUUGGGCAGGAAUGCCCCGCGGCAAUUUGCCACCAGCACUGACAGCUCCCUGCCCACAAAAGACAUGCUGGAAAAUUGCCUGGACACCAAAAACAGGCUGAAGGAUGUGGGCAAUGUGUACUUAAACUUUGUGUGAGCAGCUGGGCAGGAGCAGCAGCUCCGUGCAGCAGCAGGGGCCAAGUGAGGCUCAGCUCUGCCCCUCUGUCUCCCCUCCCCACACUCCAUUCCCUCCACCUUCCCCUCAAUCCAUCAUGUUCUCUUAGCUCCUGUAGAAGCCAGGCUGAGUCAGCCUCUCCAGAUUUUAAAACAAACAGGAUGGAUCUGGCAGAAAAAUGCAUUUAUAGAAGGCACAACGUUUUCCCAGAACAUUUUGUUUGCCAGACAUUAAGUUUUGGCUGGAGCUGCUGAAAGCUUUAUCAGCCAGAGCUCUGGGGAGGUCCUGGUGAAUUUGACUGAGAGUCUUUGUUUGCAGUGUGGCAGACUUUUUUUCUGUCCUAGGAGGGUGAGUCUGUAAUAAUGGAAAUGUGCUGGUGCUUGUCAGAAGAGUUGCUAUGAGUGUGAAGGACAAUACCAGUGAGCUGGUUUCAGUUAAGAGGAAAAGCCCUUCCCAGUGCCAGAAAUUUCUCUUUCUCUGAGAGAGACUUAUUAAUUACCUGCUGCCUAAUUGGUGCCAGGCUCCACAGGGCCUUGGAGCUGUGAACAAAAGGCAGGGCUGGAGCCAACUUCAAAGCUUUUCUCACUGAGUGGCUGUGUCAGGGCAAGAUGUGGCAAAAGCCAGGGGCAGGUGUUCAAGAACACUUGGGAAAAAUCAAGCCACAGGGACAAAAACCAGGCCUGAUGUAGGUAGGACCUUUUCAUAGCAACAGAGGCAACCCCUGACCAUUCACAGCAGAGAGCAAAUCUGGAGAAGGCAUGAUUAUGUCACUUGGAAAAUUUUUUCACUAGCUUAGAGCUGAUGGUAUUUAUGGGCUUGAUUUAUUCUAUUUCCUUCAGCUUUUACUGUACUAAGGCUUUGGGGUUAUAGAGUUAUAAUUACUUGCUUUAACCAGUGAAGGACAACCUGAUCCAUAUUUAAACUGGUAAACUCACUUUGGUUAUAGCUGUCUGAAUAGUCUUGUCAGUCCAAAACUCAUCUGCCGCUAAUCUUCAUAUAAAUUCAGUCAUUUAACAGAAUAAAAAUAAUACUGAAAACACAUUCAUCUUUCACUAUUUACUGUUCAAGUUGUAAGAUGGGGGAAGCUGUGAGAGCUGAGAAUCAGAGGCUGUUACUUAAAGAGCCAUUAAAAAAAGAGCCUAAAGAGGCUGAGGCAUCAGUGCCAGGAGUGUUUGCAGCAUUCCAUGGCAGAGGCAGGAAAUCUGAAAGGGGAACUGAAAUAAAAACAAACACAGAGAACUGUGACAUUUUUGCUGAGUCACAAACGUAGCUGGGUUUGAAGGAGGGUUUCAGUCCUGAAACAGUUAAUUGAGAUAGGAUUGUUUUUAAAGAGCUGCUGUUACUGUAUUCUCUGUGUGUGGCUGGGUUUGAUGGGACAGAGGAGACAGUUUUGGUGUGUUGCAUAGAGAACCUGCAUAGCUGUGGGGGAUAGGUUUUUUUUCCUGUUUAACAGAAGAAUCAACAUUGCAGCAGGAUUGAUACUGGUUUAUAAAAGACCUGCAGGAAGCUUUAAUUUCACAUUAAAUUGGUAUAUUAUAACUAGUGUGACUUCACCUCUCCAGUUCUUUAGAAAAGCUGGCUUACUUGAAAACUGGGCUUUUUUUCCUUUGCAUGCUUUCUCAAUAAUAGAAAGGAAAGGGGAAAAUCAAAAUGUCUUGACUGUAUAGAGUUUGAACUAUGAGAGUUACACACUGGGGUAGUUGUUGAUUUGAUUUGUGUCCUCAAAAGGCUCUGGUACCCCAGAGAUGGCACAUAGGCUUGCUAUGUUAUUUUGGGAGCUGGGUUAUGUUGCCCAGGCUGCAGCACACUCUGACCCUUUCCCUUGUGGGCUUUAGCUCAGGCCCCUGGGCCCUCAGCCAUGGUGGGAAUUGGCCAAGGCUCUGGACUCUGGCUAACAGUGAAAAGUAUUUAACCAUGUAACUCUGACUGUGUUCAUCUGCUCAGCCAAGCUGGAGCCUCAGCUCAGGUGACUCACAUCCAUCCCCAGGCUUCUGUGACUGCACGUGCUGAUGGACCAGGUAAAGUGCAGCCCCCAGCCCAUGAAAUUCCCAGGCACUUUGUGUAGAAACAUGACACAGUGUUUGUCCUGGGUUCUGAAGAACCCAGAAUUCACACCUUUGUCCCUUAGCAGUGUUUUCUGUUCUAAUUUCCCUCUGAACACUCACUGCUGGGAUACACUGGGGAAAGCCCCGUCCCUGCAUGGGAUGGAAACUUCUCCAUGUCUCACCAAGAGGUUCAAAGCCCAUUUGGUUUUCUGGAAGCAGUUGAUGAACUCGGUCUUGCUUGGAGUCUUGCUCGGAGGGUCAGCAUUCCCUCUGCCAGGAGAAGGGGCAGAGGACACUUUGGUGAGAACGUCCCCUUUGGGAAGGUUCCACCUCCCUGCUGUCCAGAAGGCACAGCAGAAAUGGGUGUUGAGACCAGAACUACUGAAAAUGAGGGGCUCAGGGAAAGGCAAACUCCCUCUGUGUGCCAGAGGCUCCGUGUGCUUUGCCAGAGGUGCCCCAGAGCAGCGGCACCUCCCAAGCUGCUGGGCCUGGAUCCAUGGCUGUGCCGCGGCAUCUAUCCAGACCUGCUGGGCUGGGAGCUGAGGUGUCCCCCCGCCUUCAUCCGUGCCCCCCUGUGCUCCCCAUUUGUUCCAGCUGCUGCACUGCUCCUGCUGGCCCUUUCUUCUGGCUCUGUCUCCCUUUUCUGCUUUGGCUGGGCUGUGGGAAUGCCUCUGCUGCCUUCUAGAGCUGGGUGAGGAGCACUCGGAUGUCAUCCAGGGUGCAGUUCAGGAUUUGUUGUGAGGACAGAAACCUAAGGGACCAAGGUGAAAGCAAACCUGGGCUGGGCAUGGCUGGGAGCCUGAAUCCCAGGGCCUGCUGCAUUUCCCAGGAGGAUGCACAGGAGUGGUCAAUGCAGGCAUGAAACAGAGCUGGAUGCAUCCCUCUGCAAGCACAGAAUUUCUGGGCCGGGCUGUGGGCUGUCCUUACCAAGGGGACAAGUGACCCCUGCUCAUGGAUGGCUGGAAAUUACCCAGGUGGGAUGGGGAGGAGCAGAGCUGGAAUCACCAGAGCUGCCUCAGGUCAGAGGACAUUGGCACUGACCCGGUGAUGGAGAUUUGCUUUUGGCCACCUUAUCUUUGUUUUGUGCACAGCAGGUAUCACUUGGAAAAAUGGCCAGAGGAUGCAUUAAAUGCCUGCUUAGGGACAAGCCCCUUGCUCCCUGCCUCUCUACUCCCUCUGCUCCUGCCUGUGGACUGUGCAGUGUCCUUGUUCCCACCAUUUCCUUUGCCAACUCCUGUGCUAACAUAGCUCCAGAGCUCUCGCCAGAGCCAGAGCUUCCUCAUUCAGGGUCUGCAAAUGAGGGCAGAAAAACACAUUUGCUCUCAAAGGUUGGAAAUGGGCUCUCCCAAAGGCAGGGAUCCAUGGGGUGGUAGCUCCCAGUUUGGGUGUUUGUUCUGGGUUGUGAGGGCACCUCGGGACACCCCAAGGAGCAGGAGGUGACUGGAGAUGCUGAUUAAGUCCUGCCAGGGCACAGCACCUGCCUGCCAGCCCCGUGUCCAUCCCCUGCCUGCUCUCAGCUGCAAACAGGGCUGAACCACGAGGAGCAUCCAGCAGAGUCCUGCCAGCCCCGGCUUCCGCUGCUCUGGGUCCCCAGCUCCUGGGCCUUUGAGGGAUCUACGUGGAGGAGCUGAAGAACCAGAGGUCAAGUGGGAUUAGAUGAACUCUGCUCUCCCUGCAAUCCUCCAUUUCUCUGUGGGAGCCUUCCAUCUCCCAGAGGUUGCAGUUUAACUGAAUGGUGGUGGAGAAAGAAGGAAGAAGCCCUGGGAUUCUUCAGGAUGGGUGUUUAGGCAGCCCUGGGCACAAAUCAGCAUUUUUGUACAAACGUGCAGUCCCUCAAGCGCUUGCAAUAGGUGCUAAAUCUCCAUCGUCCUUCCAAAAACCCAACCCUGAGGCACCUCCCAGCUUCCAGCAGCCACACACCCAGCGUGGGGGGAUAUUCCAGCGGGAGCGAUCGCUGGGGUGGCCCCUGGGGUGGCAAAGCAAAGGGUGUCAGCUCAGGGCAGAGGCUCGGAAAGGGCCAACACAGCCCCAGGGAUGUGUCGAGAGGGAGAGCUGGGGAGGCAGCUGGAAUUGGGCACCGGGAGGGGACCCCGGGUGGGGAAUGCGGGGAACUUCAGACCGCGGGCUGGGGGACCCAGCAGGCGCUGCUGGCUCCGGCAGGGCCCUGCCAGAGCUGGAGCCGUGGGAUGCUGGAAUGGCUUGGGGUGGAAGGGACCUUAAAAGCUCAUCCUGCUCCACUCCCUGCCAGGGGUAGGGACACCUUCUACUAUCCCAGGUUGCUCCAAGCCCAGUCCGGCCUGACCUUGGACACUGCCAGAGAUCCAGGGGCAGCCCCAGCUUCUCUGGACAUCCUGUGCCUCAGGCCCCUCACAGGAAAGAAUUUCUUCCCAAGAUGCCAUCUGUCCCUGCCCUGAGUCAGUGGGAAAACAUUCCCUGUUUUCCUGGCACUCCAGGGUGACAGGCACAGCAAAGGGAAGGUGUCAGGGAUGGGGACCAGUGUAGCAGGCUCAGGGCCUGCGAGGCCUUGGCGGUCAGAGGCCUAAAAGCUAGGAAAUGCCAAGUCAGCAUGACUGGACCCUAGCAGCCCCUCUCUUCCUCCUUCAGACCCUGCUUAUCUCUCUGUAAGCCCAUAGGUCACUUUCCCCUGACCCUUACUAUUGGACAGUUUUCAAAACCCCUGUAGGGUAUAAAAACCCCCUGAUUCUGCCGGGUUCGGUAGAAGAGCUGUCAAUGGGAACCUUCGCGGAACACCCGAAUGAAAGAACCCAGCGGAACCUCAUAUAGCACUUCUCCUUUCUCUCCCUGCGUCUGCUGCUGCGGUACCUAGCAAGCUAAAGAGCUGGAAAUCACUGAGAGCUGAUAAUCACUGAGAGCUGAAAAUCACUAUAGCUUGCCUAGGUUGCCUGAGCUCCCGCUGAGCUAUCCCGGCUUCCGGCACUCCCUGCUGGGCAUCAGCCCGGUGGGUAGCCGCCGGCAAUAGCUGGCACUCCGAACUAAGAGACCAGGAAUGUUUCCUCUUUUUCCUCUUGCUUUUCCCAGCUAAAAGGGAAUUUAAUCACAAUGUCAUAUGACCUCAGUGAGGGCAUGUGGCCAUAUCUGCUGUACUUAUGGAUACUUUAUUCCCUGUUCAAUCCUCUUCUUCUCCUUUAGCUCCCCAUAGACCAUGGGGACAGUGAGAGAAAAGCCACAUCUGUGGACACAGAGGGGACCUUCCAUCCAGAGCAGCUUCUGGCUGUGGCUGAAAGGUCAGUGAGUGGAAGACAGAAGUAGAUGGACCCACAGCUCAGCUGGAAAAUGUUUUCCACAGGUCCUGGAGGUUGAUCUGGCAGGUAUUCCCUUUGCAAAGCUCUGCUGUUGCUCCUCUCCCAUCUCUGCUGUUGCUCCCUCUCCCACUGUCUCCCCACAGCUCUUGUGUCAUUGUCCCUUGGCAUGAGGUGAUUUCUCUCUCUUGCUACUGGAAGGGACUAGGAGCUUCCUGAGCAGCUGGGGACAGACUGGCUGGAUCCUGUCAGCUCUUUCUGAAGGGAAUUGGAUCUAAUCCUGCUGGCUUCUCCCACAGCAAGGACUGCUCCUGUGUUCCCUGCUGCCAGGGAAUGUUUGGCAGCCAAGCGAAGGAGAGGAAGAGAAAUUAUGCUUGCAGCAGGCAUAGGUGUGUCUGUGCUGGCCGUGUACAGGGUGACCUUGGAAUCGUGGAAUCCUUCAGGCUGGAGAAGCCCUCUGAGAUCACGGUGCCCAACCAUUCCCCGGUUGUCCCCAUGAUAUUUUCUGAAAAAUCCUCUUUGCCCAGGAUGUUUCUCCUGAGAACCUGAGAAGCCUCAGAUAGUGUUUUGCUGCUUUGGAAUGCAAUAUGGAGAUUGUUUAUCCAGCAUGUGAAUUGUUUUUACUUAAUGACCAAUCAAAAAGCCAGCCGUGUUGGACUCUCUGAGAAGUCACGAGUUUUUAUUAUUCAUUCUUUUCUAGCCUUCUGAUGUAUCCUUUUCUCUAUAGUUUAGUAUAGUUCUAGUACAUAAUUUCUUAUAAUAAAAUAUAAUAAAUCAGCCUUUUAAGAA